AUCUUAUUUGUAAGCCCACCGGGCCUAUAAUCUGAGCCCACAAGGAUAAUCAUCUUGUAACAAACAAGUCAUUAGUCAACAACAAACCACUUCAACAGCUUUUCGAUCUUUUCUUGUUAUCUGAAAACAAUCGAAAGAAGAAAGCUCAAAAAAGCCAUCGCAAAGAUGAUGCACAUGACCUUCUACUGGGGCAUCAAAGCCACAAUCCUCUUCGAUUUCUGGAAAACCGAUUCAUGGCUCAGCUACAUCCUCACCUUGCUCGCCUGCUUCGUCUUCGCCGCCUUCUACCAGUACCUCGAGAACCGCCGCCUCCAAUUCAAAUCCCUUUCGUCCGCCCGCCAUCCUCCUCCGCCGCGAACCGGCGUCUCCGCCCCUCUUAUCCCCAAAUCGAGCACCAGAUCCGCCGCCAAAGCUGCCUCGGUGCUGCUCUUCGGCGUCAACGCCGCGAUCGGGUACUUGCUGAUGCUCGCGGCCAUGUCCUUCAACGGAGGCGUUUUUAUCGCGAUCGUCGUCGGUUUGACCGUCGGGUACCUCGUUUUCAGAUCUGACGACGACGGUGGUAACGCGGCGGCGGAGAAUCCGUGCGCUUGUGCUUGAUUUAUUACAACCAAUAAUGGAAACUUUCUAAAACUGAAUCGUUGGAAGUUGCAAGUUUUAAGUCCGAUGAUUAUAUGUAAACAUUGUUGUCUGUUUGUAAUAAUUUGAGAUAGCCAAGUCUCUCUACUC